AUGGUUGAUUCAGGGGAAGUGACCAUAUCAUCUAUUGAAUUGGAGGGUAUUCAAAGCAAGGAGAUGGAAAGACGAGCAUUGAUCAACAUAAGUGAUACUUCUCCACAGCAAUCAGUUCCUGAUGAUUCAAAUGAUGGUAGUUGCAGUAAUCUUUCUCAAGAAUCCGAAAGUGAAUUUUUUAAAUACUCGUAUGAUAUCGAAAAGAUGCACAAUUUGCUUAAAGAUGGUGCUGAUCCAAACAGGCAUUCAGAACUAGGUCGGACUGCACUCCAUUGGGCUGCUGGUUAUCGAUUACCCAAUCAAGAGACACAGGACAGUCAAGUAUUAGCACUCAAUUCAAUGCUAGAGCUGUUAGUCUCUGAUGAUGGUGUUGAUAUUAAUGCUAAAGAUGAGGCUGGUUGCACACCACUCAACUUAGCCUGUCGGAGCAGUAACUACCAUGCUGUUCAGAUGUUGUUGUCUCAAGAUAAAGUGAUGGUUGAUGAAGCAGAUAAUGAAGGUCGUACACCACUACAUACUGCUUGUAUGCAGGAUAAUGAAGAAAUUGUUGAUCUUCUGAUUAAAAAUAAAGGUGAUUUCUUUAAAGUGACCAACAAUGGAGAAACUCCACUUUGUUUGGCUUGCUUUUAUGGUCGUGAUAAAAUUGUCGGCACUUUAUUGUCAUCGUGUUCUGAUGAAGACAGAAAGAGAAU